GGGCGGUGUCGGUGGGCUGGGCCGGUACUGGCGGCUGGGCAGGCCUGCCUGACGGAGACGACAGGCAGAUUGUGGGUGAUGCGUGCUGAUCGUGGCCUUCGCGACUCGGUGCGAGGAAGGUGUUGCUUAGGGAGUUUUCAAUCGGCGGGGACACCGAAUUGUCAUUAAAGGGUGGAGAGAAGGCUGAAGAUGGCAGGGGAUGUUGUCAUGUUGGCGAGGGGCCUAGCGAAGCUGAGCCAAGCCAUUGUGGAGACACAGGCCACACAGCUGCGUGUCAAGGUGUUGGGCAGUGAAGCAAUGGCUGUGGCCAGAGACUGGCAGGCAUCUGCUGAGGACGUCAUCAACACAGCGGUGGGCAAGAUGCAGGACUCUGGGUCACAGUGGAAAGACUUCACAGAACCAGAGGAGGAUUUCUCCUCCACAUUUGACCUUUCCAGCAAGGCCUCGGACUCAAAGGAACCAGACUUGGCCACGGAUAACCAGCAAUGCCAGGCGAUGGGUGACCCUGCAGUCUUUGACCUCCCCUCCCCUGGGAAGGAAGGUCAGCACUUUGGGCAGCCGAGCCGUCCUUUCUCAUCCGUGGCCCAAAUGCGCUUCUUCCACCAAGACCACCGCUCCGUUAGUGGCCUGACUGCAGAGGACAUUGACAAGGCUAGAGAGGCUAAAGUCAGCCCAGCAGACAAACCCUACAGACAGAUGCUGAGUGAGCGGGCUCGGGAGCGGAAGGUUCCAUCCACAAGGAUUGGUCGGCUGGCCAGUUUUGGAGGUUUGGCAGUUGGACUUGGGAUUGGAGCCUUGGCAGAAGUUGCCAAGAAGAGCUGGAAAUCUGAGGAGCGAGAGGGUGGCAAAGCCAUGAUGGAUGGAAGCCCCUUCCUCUCGGAGGCAAACGCUGAAAGGAUUGUGAACACUCUCUGCAAGGUGCGGGGUGCUGCUCUCAAACUGGGUCAGAUGCUCAGCAUUCAAGAUGACAGCUUCAUCAACCCCCAGUUGCAGAAGAUCUUUGAGCGCGUGCGGCAGAGUGCAGACUUCAUGCCCAGCAAGCAGAUGAUGAAGGUGCUGCUCAGUGACCUGGGCCCAGACUGGAGGCAGCGACUGCAGAGUUUCGAGGACCGGCCGUUUGCCGCGGCUUCCAUUGGGCAGGUUCACCUGGCCACACUCACCGACGGGCGCCAGGUGGCCAUGAAAAUCCAGUACCCCGGAGUGGCCCAGAGCAUUUCCAGUGACGUGGACAACCUGAUCUCUGUCCUCAACAUGAGCAACGCCCUGCCUGAGGGUCUCUUCCCUGAGCACAUGAUCGAAGUGAUGAGACGGGAGUUGUCGCUGGAGUGUGACUACGAGAGGGAGGCAGCCUGCUACAAGCAGUUCAGAGAGCUGGUGAAGGACGACCCUUUCUUCUACGUACCGCCAGUGAUCGACUCUCUCAGCAGCAAGCACAUCCUCACCACCGAGCUAGUGCCAGGUUUCCCGCUUGACAAGGCAGAGCAGCUAAGCCAAGAUGUUCGGAACCAGAUCAGUGAGAACAUCCUGAGGCUGUGUCUGCGUGAACUCUUUGAGUUUCACUUCAUGCAGACUGACCCCAACUGGUCCAACUUCUUCUACAAUCCGGAGACUGGCAAGGUGGCUCUAUUGGAUUUUGGAGCCACACGUUCAUUUGAGGAAGAUUUCACUGAUACCUACAUUGAGAUUGUUGGAGCUGCAGCCAAUGGCGACAGGGAGAAGGUGCUGAGCAAGUCCAUUGAGCUGAAGUUCCUCACUGGAUAUGAGACAAAGGUUAUGCAAAAUGCCCACGUUGAUGCUGUGAUGAUCCUUGGAGAAGCCUUCUCAUCAGUGGAAGAUUUCAACUUUGGCAGUCAAGACACCACCAAGAGAAUCCACAGCCUGAUUCCCAUAAUGUUACAACACAGACUGAUUCCCCCUCCAGAAGAGACUUAUUCCCUUCAUCGUAAAAUGGCAGGCUCCUUUCUCAUCUGCAGCAAGCUCAAUGCACAGAUCUCCUGCAAGCACUUAUUUGAAGAAGCCUACCUGAGAUACUGGAGCAGGAAGUCCAAAUUGGGAGAUGGCAGCCAGUAAACAGAAGAGGCACGAAGGGUCUGAGCUGACGACGAUGGCCGAACCACCUUACCGUGUUACUUGUUUUUGUAUAUUAAAAAAUUCCUCAGUUCCUGUUCAAAGGAAUAGUGGGUUUGAAUGAACUCUAGGGAUUGCACUAACCAAGUGCGUGUGAUCUUGACAGCAAAUACCAGUGAGGGGAAGACGUGCAUUUCCCCCUAAGGAGGGGCAUUUGAGAGGUUUUUAUUGUUGAUUUAAUUAAAAUAACUUGAGAUUUGUACCUUUGGAAAAUAAUGAACUUUUGAAUUACUUUAGAUGUGAUCAUUAGCCAAAUUUGUAUACCUGUCACAGUUUAUGCAAUUAAAGAAAUCAUGCAUGUGAGCCCA